ACACACACACACACACACACACACACACACACAAAGCCACGCUGCGCCAGAGCGAGCGUCCACAAGGCGGCUUUUUGAUUGAGGGAUUUAAGAAGGAGAGAGAGAGAGAGAGAGAGAGAGCGAGAGAGAGAGGGAGGCGCGAUCACGAUGUGUAUCGUCUCGGCGAGCAGCACUCCACUAUCGGCGGCGUCUCCUCCCGCACUAACGAGUGUCACCUGAUAUUGUUCUCGUGGAAAUCUUUUUUUUUUUUCAAUUAUUUUUUUUCAAAAUUAUUAUCCAUGCUGAGCGACAUUUUUCAGUCUCUCUCACCCCUUUUCUGUCUCUCUCUCUCGCCAGCUUCGUGGGAGCGUCACGCCUCUUCACGAAACAAUCGCCAGACACUUGCUCCACCACCCGGGAAGACGAUUGAAUAAUUCACGGCACAAUCACGCCUCGUCGGGAUUUUUUUUUUUGUUGCUUCUUUUUUUUUUUUCUUCCCCUCCCUCCCUCCCUCCAUACACCUUCCCGGUGGAUUUAUCCAGCUUUUUAUUUAUUUAUUUUUAUUUUUUUGAAGAAGCUGCGCACGCAUCUCCAAUAUCAUCUGUUGCUCACCGGCAGGAGGAGGAACCCGGAAUCCGGCGAUGAAGACGCGGAUAAGGAGAGGAUAAAAUAUGGACAAAAAGGUGCUUUUACUUUUAUUGCUGCUGCUGUCCUUACACGCCACGAUGCUCCGACUUGAAGUUUAAUAAUACGCCGCGCCAGCAUCUCCGAAGACACGCACCGUGGAUGUAUCCCCCGCCCCAGCUGUGAUCUCACUUCCCGCUCAAAUGUUGAUGAUGGAGGACGACGAGCUGGACGCUCAUCAGGUUGAGCCGGAUUUCGAGCCGCAAAGCCGGCCUCGCUCCUGCACCUGGCCGGACUUCCCCUCCGCCGCCGCGCAUGAGGCUGGCGGCGGGGGGCAGCUGCCGCUCGCCGGCAUCAAGGUGGAGCCGGAGGACGUACCGGCGUGCCGCGCCGCGCUCACCGGCGAGCUCAAGCACCCCGCCGGCGCCCCGGCGCCCACCCCGCACCCCUGCCUCGACGUCAGCGGACCGCUGCGCAAAGCCAAGUCGUCGCGGCGGAACGCGUGGGGGAACCAGUCCUACGCGGACCUCAUCACCCGCGCCAUCGAGAGCACGCCGGAGAAGCGGCUGACGCUGUCGCAGAUCUACGACUGGAUGGUCCGCUACGUGCCAUAUUUCAAGGAUAAAGGCGACAGCAACAGCUCGGCCGGAUGGAAGAAUUCCAUCCGACAUAAUCUCUCCCUCCACACGCGCUUCAUCCGUGUUCAAAAUGAGGGCACUGGAAAGAGCUCCUGGUGGAUGCUGAACCCUGAUGGAGGGAAGAUGGGCAAGGCCCCGCGGCGGCGAGCCGUUUCCAUGGACAACAACACCAAGUAUCUUAAGAGCAAAGGUCGCAUUCGGGGAAAAAGGGUCGGACGCCCUGGAAUUGGAGCGGUAUCUGCUGUCGUCGGGCUUCAGGGCUCCCCUGAUCACGGCAGCCCACCGCAUAAAGGUCUCCCCGGAUCUGGAGGGGCAUCCAGGACGGAUGGGGAGUUCGACGCCUGGACAGAUCUCCACUCCAGGGCAAGCUCGUCGGCCUCCACUCUGAGCGGCCGCUUGUCGCCCAUCCUUGCUGAGGGGGAACCGGAGGAACCGGAGGAGGGAGACCUGUCCUGUUCCACCUCCCCACACCUCUACCCCUCCCCGACCGCCUGCUCUCCGUCCAUGGGGACAGGCAACCGCUGUCCUCCCCUUGAGCAAUUGCCUCAGCUGGCCAACCUGACAGGUGCCAUCUGUCUUGAUGAGCAGCUGAUGGAGGACGGCUAUCAUCACCAUCAUUCACAGCAGCAGCAACACCAACAGCAUCCCUCUGUUGGCAGACAUAAGCACCAGACCUCAGUCUACCACUACAGCUCUGGAGUGAAGGGCCAGGGUUCUUAUGGAGCAGGGGGGUAUGGUGCGACGGGCAUGGGCAUGAUGCGCCACCACUCACCCAUGCAAACCAUCCAGGAGAACAAGCCAGCCAGGUUUUCGGGAACAAUGCGGACAUACUCCAGCAGCAACGCUCUGCAGAGUCUGCUAACGGGGGUUUCAGCCGGGCAGCCGUACUGCUCGAAGGACAUGAUGCUGGUCCCCAAAAGAGAAGGCCAUCACAUGAUGGCUUGUAACGGCUCCAACCCUCACGGCCACCUUGCCGGUCACCACAAUGGACAUCACAGUCACAACAGAACUCACAGCCAUACUCCGUCACACAAUCACAACUCAUCUCACAGCCUCAGUCACAACAGCAUCAGUCAUAACCACACCCCGCCCCGAGUGCUGCCCCUCAAUCCAUGCGGCAACCAGCUGCAGACUUACAAUCACAAAUCGCCCUACCUUUACAGUCCACCGUCGCACGCCCACCUCCCGGCGUCAACCACCCUGCCCCCUAACCCAGCGGGGAUGCUUGGCAUGCCUCAGGACUCUUGCCAUUUGGCCACCGCCCCUCAUCCACACCCUCGUCACAACCAUUACCCUGAGCCGCAACACCAAGCCAUGGCUAACGGACCCUUCCACCUGGGCCAGGGCAUGGGGGGCAGUAAUGGCAAUGGGAGUUACCACCACGGCUACCACCAACCCCACCCGCACGAGAGACUACCCGCUGACCUGGACAUCGAUAUGUUCCAGGGCAGCCUGGACUGCGACGUAGAGUCCAUCCUCCUCCACGACAUCAUGGACUCUGGGGAGGAGAUGGACUUCAACUUUGACUGCUCCCUCGCUCAGGGGGUGGGACUCGGAAUGGGAAUGGGGAUGGGUGUGACCAUGGGCAUGGGGAUGGGAAUGAGCGGACUUGCCGGUCCACAGCAAACCCACAGCAACCAGAGCUGGGUCCCUGGCUGAAAUGCGGUAGGACCCACCGGGGCCCUAACAAAAUGAACAAUGUUACCCAUAAAGCACUGUGUUCAACUGUGACAUUCCUUACUUGACACAGAGACUAUAGGACCAUGUCUUUCUUUGUUGUCUGUCACCACUUCCUCCUUUUUUUGCCCCUCCUCCCCCUGUGAGAUCCAGCUCAUGUCCCGUUAAGUAUUCCCUCAUAUCAGCUAUACUGUGAUGACAAUCUCUCAGCAUCAUUGCUUCUCAUCUGCCAUGAGAGCUGAACUCUCAGUGCACUUUAUUGCAAGUGGGUCUUGAUCUGGCAGAACCUUUGGCGGGGCGGGGGUAUGGGCUGCAACUCUUUGGGCACGAACAACCGCAGUCAGAAUCUAGUGUCAGAUGUCAAACUUAAAUAAGCCCCUUAAUCAGUCCUUCGGGCAAAGUGGGGACCGAAAAAGAAAGUACAAGAAAUCAUUGAAAACCCAAAUUAAUUUCUGAUUCAGGACCGCUUUCCCUUCUUAAUGAAAUCCACUCUCAUGAGAGCCAAUCAAUCCCGGCCUGUGUCUUCGCACCGCCGUUAUUUACAGCCUCAUACAUCCAGACCUUGACUCCUCUGUUGGACGCCACGUUUGGUUAAUGUCCUUCUCGCCGGCGGCCCCGGCGUGUUGUCACGACAUCACUAAGUGGAUUCCAUCAUUACUCGCUUGCGUGCAAUUUGCUGAAUUAAAAACUUGUAUCACCUUGUCUCACCUGGGCCUCUGGAGCCCCUCUCUCUCUCUCUCUCUCUCUUUCUCGCUCUCCCGGGCCCUGUCUGGAAGUGGCGUUCUCCUUCCGCCUGCCAGCGGAGACAAAGUGGCCAUUACUCACGGCGAGCCAUUAAUGGGGCUUGAUUGAAAUUCAGCAUCUUGCUUUUAAUCUCCAAAGUGAUGCGGCAGCAAUGCGUCAUUAUCGAGAAGCUAACACGUCGUCCUCCCGUAUCUCACUACGACUUGCCAUCCCCCUUUCCCCUAAUGUCCACUUUUGGGCAAGACAUCGAUGAGAAGCCCGCAAAGCCAUCCGUCCCCGCCCCUUUCUGUGUGUGUGUGUGUGUGUGUGUGUGUUUAUUCCGUUGUCGUGUUGUCAUUGUGUUCUUGGUAACUCUACGGACCAACGGCGCUGACGAAAUUCCGUCGGUGAAAUGUAGUGCAGUAUGACCUUCCUCCCAUCCUCCCGGUCGGAACUCUUCCGCCCGCCCACGUUUGUGCUUUGCUCAAUUGUCUCUGUGUUUGUGAGCCAGGGGUGGAGGCGGUGCCGGUGCCGGUGCCGGUGCCGGAGCGCGUGGUGGUGGUGGGGUUAGUCUGAAGCUUCUUUAUCAUCGGCCUUGAGGGAGUCACGGAGAGGACAUCCCCCCCCCAAGUCUCUUCUCGGGCACCUCCAAGGAGAACCCUCUCCAUUUGUACACAAAAGGUGGGCGGGGCUUAAAGGGUGUUUAUUGUUCCAGCCAAAGGUCAAACAUGGCAGAGACUAUCAGACCCAUUAUUGAGGUGAAUACUCUUCUAUCCUUGCGUUGCUGGAAAAUGUGCGGGCUUUUCCCAAAGCAAGUCGUGAUACAACCGUCUCGUUUUGCUCUAUUUAUUUAUGAACGAUGGGUCUUUGUCCAAUCCUAACUGUGGUAGUUGUUUCCAGUCAACUCCCGUACCUCCCACCUGCUCUCUCCCCGCGCCCCCUUUUUUAAAGAUGUCGACCUCCGCCCGUCCCUGUUUUGACUUACAUUUAUUUUGUACAAAAUCUAUAUAUUAAGAAUAUUGUAAAAUAGUUUUUAAGGGAAAAAAAAGUCUCAAAAGGAUUAUCAGUUUUGUUGUCUAUUUCUUUUUUUCAAAAGAAUGUAUCUCAUCAUCUGGUGACUGUUAAAUAAAUGCA